GGCACUUUGCAGAUCGGAACCUGAAACGGGUGGGACCGCUGAGCGGUGUCCUGGCGGCCUGGUCGGUGGUGACGGUUCGGUGUGUUACUUCGUUCUUUCAGCGCUGUCCGGUGUAGCGGUUCAGGUUGCGCGUGUUUUCCACUGACUGUGUGUAUCCGCGGUGCGCCCAUGGCGGGGUUCUGCCGACUGGCUGUCAGACCCACCAGCAGCAGUGCGUUCACGAAUUUAGCAGACGGCACACUAUCACAAUGGACAGUUUCCUUGCGCACCAAAUUCACCAAAUCGCGCAUUCCAAAAGAGGUGUUUGAAGAGCGUGCAAAAGAGCAUGAGAAGUACGGAGGAGACCCAGAGCAGCCACACAUGCUGCACCUUGUCACACGUGUCAAGAGUACGAAGCGUCGCCCUUACUGGGAGAAAAAAAUAGUGGAAGAUUUUGGACUUCUUAAGGCUCAUCAGCCAUAUGUGCACAAAAACAUCCCAUCUGUGAAUAAUAAGCUGAAAAUUAUAAAACAUCUGGUGAAGAUUCAGCCAUUGAAACUGCCACAUGGGCUUCCUGAGGAAGAGGAUGUGACUAACACCUUCUUGAAGAGCACUGGGGAGCUGGUGGUGAGACAGCGACUUAAUCCACUGGAACCAAAGGAUAUUGAGUCAUAGCUCAUGACAUCAGUUGUUUUGUAAAAUAAACAUUUUAAGCUCUAGCUGGAACUUAGCUGACAAUGUAAAUGUUGUCAAAAACCACUGCAAUUGUUAAUAAAUAUAUUCAUCUGAAGCUGAA